AAUAUCAUUCCGAUGUAAUUCAAGUGAGGUUGACCUGCAUGUUACCCAUGUGGGUCCAAUGUUGACUGAAUCUUCGUAAAGUUGGGAUCUUUUCUUUUUUUCCACGACAACGUAGUUAUUGUUGACACGUUGCGCGAUGUCGUCGUCUUUCUUUAUCAAGGGGUCCAAAAAACCUCAAAUAGCGAAAAUUGGGAAAAAGACAAUGAUAUCGAAGCGGAAAGGUGACGGCGACACGGCUGGGAAAGUUAAAGGCAAGAAACAGAACUCAAAGUACAACGAAGAGAUUUCCAGCGACUCUGAGACGGAGAGUCCGGUUGUUGCCAAGAAAAGACCGGCCAAAGAGGAGCAUGACUACGAUGAGACUCCACAGGAGAAGAAACUCAGAUUAGCUAAACUUUAUCUCAACCAGUUAAAGGAACAAGAAGAAGAAAAGGUAGAAGAUGAAUCGUUUGAGACUGAUUUGAUUGCGGGAAGACUUCAAGAAGAAGUGCUUGAACAGAAAGGAAAGCUACAGCGACUUAUUGCCAAAGAUCUAUUACCACCCGACACUUCUGAAAUUCGUCUGUUACGAGGACACAAGCUCCCAAUCACUUGCUUGGUCAUCAGCCCCGAUGAUAAGUGCAUAUUCUCAUCUGCAAAAGACUGCUCCAUAAUUAAAUGGCAUAUCGAGAGUGGGAAAAAGUUGCGAGUCAUACCUGGUGGAAGGAAGGGUACGGAGGAUCGCCAUGUUGGACACACGGCUCAAGUACUGUGCAUGUCCAUAUCAUCCGACGGAAAAUAUUUGGCCACCGGAGACAUGAACAAGCUGAUCAUGAUUUGGGAAGCUGAAACCUGCAAGCAUCUCUACAAAUUCACAGGACACAAAGGCGCCGUGUCGGGUCUUUCGUUCAGGAGGGGAACUCACGAUCUGUAUAGCGCCUCACACGAUCGCUCCAUCAAAGUGUGGAAUGUGGAUGAAAAUGCCUACGUGGAGACACUCUUCGGCCAUCAAGACGCCAUCACGGCACUGGACAGCCUGAGCCGAGAACGCUGCGUGACGGCUGGCGGUCGUGACCGCAGCGUGCGGGUGUGGAAAAUCGCAGAGGAGUCGCAACUCGUCUUCCACGGCCACGAGGGUUCGAUAGAUUGCAUCCAGCUCAUCAACGAGGAGCACAUGAUCACAGGAGCUGACGACGGCUCAGUGUGUCUUUGGAGUGUCAAUAAGAAGAAGCCCCUCAGUACGGUGAAGGAGGCUCACGGUUGCCAUGGCGACGCCGGGCUAGAGCAGCCUCACUGGGUCGCCGCGGUGGCCGCACUUCAGAACACCGACGUCGUAGCCUCAGGUGCCUCUGGCUGUUCCAGCAACUCUCAGGUGCAUGUGUGGAAGUGUGGUCCGAAUUAUCGAGGGCUUGAGCCUCUCUUCAGUAUUCCAGUGGUCGGUUUUGUCAACAGUUUGAAGUUUUCACACUCUGGUCACUUCUUGGUGGCGGGUGUCGGCCAGGAGCACAGAUUGGGUCGAUGGUGGAGACAAAAAGAGGCUCGCAACGGCAUCUGUAUCAUUCCCCUGAAAAGGAAACCUCCCAAUCAAGAUGAAGCCCCGACAGCAGAAUAAUGGACUUUUUUCUGUUGUAGAUUAAAGGUGUUCCAAACCUUUUGCCACAA